AUAGAUGUAAUUUCACAUAAAAUCCUGAAGUGAUUUUUAACACUUAUAAUCUGUUGUUCUGAACCUGUCUUGAUUAAGUUAUUUUCAGACUUAAAACAGGCUCACAGAAAGAAGAUUUUGUCUUAGACUCACAUCAACAGGUAGAAGGAAAGUGGUUCUGCUAGGAUCCAAAGAAAGUGAUGGGAUACAGUUUCCUGAAAAGGAUAAAAAUUGUAUAGAGACAAGGCUUGCCUCCUUCAAACAAAUUGUUAUGAAGAUGUAAUGUUCCAAUAAAAAACUGAAAUACUUCAGUGUUCGAAAAGAGCUCACAUUCCCAGAGAUGUGAUUUAAUUUUUGAACAUUUCUUUACCAAUAAUUGAAUAUGGGUUAUAACUAAGCUGAUCUGAAAUGGGAAACUUCUUGUUUGUGAUGCUCCAUUCCUAUAGGUAAAUUGACUCCUUAUGUAGCUGGGUAAAUACAUUUGCAUGUAGUGUAGCAUAAAGCCAAGAUUAUGUAUUAUGGAAGAAGGGUAGUAGUUAUUAAAUAAUGAUAAAAUGGAUUCUCUCCAUGCUUAUGAUACAUCGAAAGGGGAUCAGUUUAAAAAACCUUGUGCUACCUAGCCAUGAGGUAGUAGUUAUUCUUGACUCAUUUUGCUAAGGAGACGAGUUUGUAUCAAUGCCUUUACAAAAUGUAUGUUCUGUCACAGAUAAUUUUGACAUAAUGCUCACCUACCCUCUGUGAAGACUUACAGUUAGUCUGUUAUCUCUAAAGCUAAAAAUUCAAGUCUGUGUCUGAAUUCUUAUUCUUUUGGACGCCUUCUUAUCUACUUAAUGCUGAUUUUUUGGGUCUGAAUCAAGGUCAAGUUGGAUACAGCUGACAGUCUGUUCAGUGCCAUGAUUUAGAUCUUACUUCCGUAUAGUUUUGUAUGAAUUCUUUCCCAUCAGCCUUGGGUAGUUGUACAGUAUCUGCAGCUGUAGGAGAGCUUGUUAAAAGGGGUGGAGCUCCCUAGAGGUCAAUUCUUUCUCUGCUACAAUUUCUGGAUCAGUAACCUAGCAUUAUAAUUCCCCACUGCUCCCUCUGUUUUUCCGCUAGUGGGAUUUUCCAGUAGAAAGAAAACAAAGCCAGUGUCUUCUCCCUUGAAAACUGCAUUUGGAGGGUUGAGGGAAGGUGGGAGAGUUGCUGCAUUCAGAAAAUGAAGCAAAAACCUUAAUAGAUAACUGUGUACACAAAGACAGCAAUGCUAUAAAGAAGCUGUUUAACAAGGACCCUUUGCAUCAGUAAAUAUCCAGCCAGACUACAAAGCCUUCUACUACGUUUCACUGCAGUCAGGGCCACCGUCCCUCUGGGCAGACAUGACGCUCCAAGCUGUGCUAGAGACUGUGGAAAAUGGGAAGCAAGAUACGGUCCUCAAGGUGCUACAGAUCUACAACCAGGAGAAUUCUCACUGUUUCACCUUUGAUGAUGAGGAACAGGAAGAAAGAAAGAAACUGGCCACGCUUCUGAUCAAGUUCUUGGAGAGAGUUCUCCAGCCAUCUUGUCAAGUGACAUGCUUGGAAAGCAUACGAAUUCUGUCCCGAGAUAAAAAAUGCCUUGGCCCUUUCACCACCGUGGAAAGUUUGAAGACGCUAGCCAGGCAUGCUGGGAUUGUUUACAGAGAAGAGCAAAUCCUGGAGGUUCCUGAUCUGGAUGUAAUUCUGGAGGCCCUUAAGUGCCUCUGCAAUAUUGUCUUCAGUAGUCCCCGGGCUCAGGAACUGAUGGCUGAAGCUCGGUUUGUGGUGGGCCUUACAGAUCGCAUCAAACUCUAUAAUGAGAGAAACUUCCCCCAUGAUAUAAAAUUCUUUGACCUGCGCCUUCUCUUUUUAUUGACGGCAUUAAGGGUGGAUAUUCGGCGGCAAGUUGCACAGGAACUUCGAGGUAUUGGUUUAAUGACGGAUACUCUGGAACUUACGCUGGAAGUGAAGUGGGUUGACCCUCAUGAGGUAGCUGCUGAAGGGAAUCCUUCCCUGCCAUUACCUCGGCAAGAGACAGAACGUGCUAUGGAAAUCCUAAAGGUCCUCUUCAAUAUUACUUUUGACACCAACAAAAAGGAGGUGGAUGAGGAAGAUGCUGCUCUGUACCGACGUCUGGGUGCCCUUCUCCGUCACUGCCUGAUGAUUUCAGCAGAUGGUGAUGAUCGGACAGAAGAAUUUCAUAGCCAUACAAUCAACCUUUUGGGCAAUCUGCCUCUCAAGUGUUUAGAUGUCUUGCUGGCUCCAAAGAUCCACCCAGGCUCCCUUGAAUAUAUGGGAGUCAACAUGGAUGCUGUCAAUAUUCUCCUGAGUUUCCUUGAUCGACGUCUUGAUAGGGGUCACAAACUCAAGGAGAGUCUUACCCCAGUGCUGAACUUGCUGACUGAAAGUGCCCGGGUCCAUCGACAGACGAGGAAAUUCCUUAAAUCAAAGGUACUUCCUCCAUUACGGGAUGUGAAGAAUAGACCAGAGGUGGGAAACCUGCUGAGAAAUAAACUUGUACGCCUCAUGACUCACAUUGACACGGAUGUGAAACACUGUGCUGCUGAGUUCCUGUUUGUACUCUGCAAGGAAAGCGUGUCACGGUUUGUGAAGUACACGGGAUAUGGAAAUGCUGCUGGUCUUCUGGCAGCACGAGGCCUCAUGGCUGGGGGGCAGACAGAAGGAGAAUACUCUGAGGAUGAAGACACCGAUACAGAGGAAUACAAGGAAGCAAAGCCUAACAUUAAUCCUAUAACCGGACGUGUGGAGGAAAAGCUUCCCAAUCCAAUGGAGGGGAUGACAGAUGAACAGAAGGAGGUUGAAGCAAUGAAACUGGUGAACAUGUUUGACAAACUCUCCAGACAACAGAUCAUCAGACCUAUGGGCCUGGGUCCUGAUGGCAGUUUAACCUCUCUCAAUUUAACCUCCCUGGAUGAAGCUGUUCAUCAAAUAGCUGAGGAGAGAUUAUCAUCGGACUCUGAUUUGGAAUUAGACUGAGUCAUCCUCUUCUAUUUCUCACAAGCCUAUGGACCUGCUACUCUAUAUAUCAGGAUUGAUCUUCUGAUACAAACACCUGGAAAAAGAUUUUCUGUGACUUAGAUUCCUCCACCCAGAUCCAUCUAAUUUCUUUUUCUUCUGUAUCCCUAUAGCAAUUCUUCUCUUGAAGAAUUUUACAGCUUUAUUCUCUGUCUUUUCCCCUCAGUGUUUCUAAGAGCCUCACCCUCUGAUGCAUUCCAAAGACUUUCCAGCAGAUUGGCAAGGAGGCAAGAGAGGGCAGUUGCAAGUGGGUUAACAGCACAGGAAACGCUAAAAGUACAUGCAUGUAGCCAAUUGUUUAGGAAGAAAAAGGUGUGUGAAUUAGGGAUAUAGGUUAAUCCCUAUGCUGAGCACAACAUUUAAAAACCAUAUGUCAUGGUUGGCACACAUGGGAACUGUAGGCAAAUAUGCAUGUGUUUGUAUAGUAGAUAUGUCUAGGAGUAUAUUAUAAAAAUGUGUGAACAAAGUAAGCCUGCAUUUUUUAUAAAUAUAGUGUGUGACAAUCAAACGUAAUUUCAUACCAUUCUUUUUAGAACACAUGGAUGGUUGGAAAUCUGCAAAGAAGAGCCAUUGUUGAAAGUAUGAAUGUGUGCAUGUAUUGUGUGUGUGUGUGUGUGUGUGUGUGUGUGUGGAGGUACAAGGAAAUAUGUUUAAAUAAAUAUGGAAAUAUAUGGGAAAUGCAGAGAUCUAUUUUGUUCACAAUGAAGUAUAUCUAGAUGCAGUAUUUGCGGUAGGACUCUGAUCUUUUCACAGUCUGACACUGCAUUUGUGUCCCAGUUCCUACAUAUUUAGUUAUUUGAAGUAACAUUGCUUUUUGUACUGUUGAGAGAAAAGACUGCUUUAUUUUCAUAAAUUAUCUGUUUUAGUUGCUGUAUUUCCAUAACAUUUUGCAUUCACAGAUUACUUUCAUCCUUUACUUGAGUUUAAACUUCCCUGUUUAGAAAGAAAUUCCAUUUCCCAGCUUCUUUUCUUUUUGCCAGAAAAUUCAAAACUUAGCACAAAUGUAAAUUAAAAAUUUCACUAGAAUAAACAAAUCCUUCCAAUACCAA